ACAAAUAAUCCAAAAACAGAAAACCGACCCGGAUUGAAGCGACCCGGAUUGAACCGAUCCGAAUCAUAGCUUCUUCCACUCCCACAACCGUAGUUCGCUCACUUCCGCCGUUCGCCGUCGAUAACCAAGGGUUCCGCCGUUCGCCGUAACCUUCCGCCACCCCCUCCGCCGCCGCCUGCCGUUGCAAAACGUAACAAAAAAUAGGCUUGUCACUCGGUUGCAACUCACCGCAUGAUCAUCUUCAAAUGCUGCAGAAUUACGCAGCAAUGGAGAUACUUUGCAGAGCGUCGGCCAUCUUAUCUACUGUAUCGUUUCUCAUCUAUGGUUGCUCAACUGUACAGAGACGAGUCCAUGAGCAAGGAAGUAAUACCAUCCUUAAUUCCGGAGUUCGAUUCUCGUUUAUACGCCGGAAUACUCCAGCAGUUCAUCAAAGCCGACGAUCCCACGAGAGGAAAAAUCCUCCACUGUCAAAUUCUGAAAAGGGGGAACUGUUUGGAUUUAUUUGCUCGCAACAUUUUGUUGAAUUUAUACCUGAAAAACGGCCAUUUUUCGGAUGGGCUGAACCUGUUCGACGAAAUGCCGGACAGAAACGUGGUUUCAUUCGUUACUGUAAUUCAGGGUUGUUCCCUGUUAGGUGAAUAUGAUAAGGCUGUUGACUUGUUCUUUAGUUUACAUAAGGAGGGUCACGAGCUUAAUCCAUUUGUUUUCACCACGAUUUUGAAGUUGCUCGUGAGCACGGGUUGGGUGGAGAUGGUAUGGCCCGUUCAUGCUUGCGCUCAUAAGCUUGGUCAUGAUUCUAACGCCUUUGUUGGGACAGCUCUCGUUGAUGCUUAUUCGGUUUUCGGGUUUGCAAAUGUCGCCAAGGAAGUUUUCAAGGGGAUUGUUGAAAAGGACAUGGUUUGUUGGACCGGGAUGGUAUCUUGUUAUGCCGAGAAUGAUUGUUUUGAAGACGCAGUGGAUCUCUUUAAUCAAAUGAGGAUCGAACGGAUGGUGCCGAAUAAUUUCACUUUUGCAAGUGUUAUCAAGGCUUGUCUCGGACUGAAGGUUGUUCGUGUGGGGAAGAGUGUUCAUGCGUGCGUUCUAAAGACUUGUUAUGAAAUGGAUCCGUACGUAGGUGUUUCGUUGCUUGAUUUGUAUACGAGGUCUGGUGACAUUGAUGAUGCUCGGAAGGUAUUUGAGGAAAUCCCGAAAGAUGACGUUGUACCUUGGAGCUUCAUGAUCGCCCGCUACUCGCAGAAUGAUCGUUGUGAAGAGGCCUUAGAUUUGUUUUCUCAAAUGAGAAUGGCAUUAGUGAGUCCUAACCAAUUCACAUUAGCUAGUGUCCUUCAAGCUUGUGCAACAACCGGGAACCUCGAAUUGGGAAGGCAAAUCCAUUGCCACAUGCUAAAGGUCGGUCUAGAUCGAAAUGUAUUUGCCUUUAAUGCCCUCAUGGAUGUGUAUGCUAAAUGUGGAAAGAUGGAUGCUUCGAUGGAUUUGUUUGAGGAGUUCGAAAACAAAAACGAGAUUUCGUGGAACACAAUGAUCGUUGGAUAUGUGCAACUAGGGGAUGCAGAGAAAGCCUUUCUACUGUUCUUGAAUAUGUGCGAAGAUCGAGUUCAAGCGACCGAGGUAACAUUUUCCAGCUUGCUUCGCGCUUCGGCAUGUCUGGCGGCUUUGGAGGCCGGCACUCAGAUACAUACAAUGGCUAUAAAAACCAUGUACGAUGGAGAUGAUGCUGUAAGCAACGCCCUCAUUGAUAUGUAUGCAAAAUGCGGACGAAUUAAAGAUGCUCGUGUAGUUUUCGAUACUAUGAGUAAGCUGGAUGUUGUUUCUUGGAACUCAAUGGUCUCGGCCUACUCGAUGCAUGGUCUAGGUGCUGACGCGUUGAGAAUCUUUGAGAAUAUGCGAGAAACCGAUAUCAAACCUAACGAAAUGACCUUUGUUGCUGUGCUUUCUGCAUGCAGCAACACAGGGUCGUUAGUACAAGGAGAGUCUUACUUUACUUCCAUGCUAGAAGAAUAUGGUAUUGAACCGUGCAUGGAGCACUACACUUGCAUGGUAUCACUUCUAGGCAGAUUAGGUCAUCUCGACAAAGCUGUAAAGAUGAUAGAGGACAUUCCGCACGAGCCCAGUGUUAUGGUGUGGCGUGCGUUACUUGGUGCCUGCGUUGCGCAUAAUAACGUGGAGCUCGGAAGAUUUGCUGCCGAGCAUGUGUUCGAAAUGGAACCGCAAGAUGAGUCGACUUACGUAUUGUUGUCGAACAUAUACGCAACUGCAAAAAGAUGGGAUAGCGUAGCUUUUGUUAGGAAAAGCAUGAAGAAAAAACGCGUAAAGAAGGAGCCAGGACUUAGUUGGGUCGAGCACCAAGGAACAGUUCAUUAUUUUUCCGUCGGAGAUGAUUCGCACCCGGAUAUCAAAUUAAUCCGAGGGAUGUUAGAAUGGUUGAACUUCAGAAGCAAAAUAGUAGGGUAUGCUCCGAAUCAUGACGCUAUAUUGCUUGAUGUUGAAGAUGAUGAAAAGGCACGUCUUUUGUGGCUGCACAGCGAAAGAAUAGCUUUGGCUUUUGCUCUUCUUCGAACGCCACCUGGAAGCCCCAUACGCAUAAUUAAGAAUCUUCGAAUAUGUGCCGACUGUCAUGUCGCGAUUAAGUUUGUAUCCACGUUGGUACGGAGAGAAAUUGUUGUCAGGGAUAUAAACCGGUUUCAUCACUUCAAUGACGGUGUUUGCUCUUGCAACGAUUACUGGUGAUCCUUAGAAAAACAGUUUCAGGAGCAGUGUGCACAUCGAUUCUGGCAAAGAAUGGAAUAUUAAUCACCAUUUUCGAGUGGGGCAGAGGUCCGGGUAGCCGCAUGUCUCAUCGAAGAGAAAAUUCUGAAAGCUGUUGUUCGACCACGGGGCUCCGUAUUUCACUGUGAAUGCUAGCAAUUUCGAGGCGCAAAAUCUAGUUAGUGACUGGGAAUCAAGAGUUCUUGUCAGCAUUACAGAGGUAAACGGUGCUUACCAGUUUGUUGACAAAUACCGGUGCUAAUGUCGAUGGAUAUACAGGUGAAAUAUAAAUGUGUAUAUAUAUAUA